AUGAAUGCUCUUCUGGGCAGCUUUGUGGUCUUAGCCACCUUUGUGACUUUAUGCAAUGCCCAAUGCUAUUUCAUACCUAAUGAGAGCUCUACAUCUAAUGGAUGCAAGGAUCUCAAUGGAGUCACACACCAGCUGAAAUCAGACUGGAACACUGACAACUGUGAAACCUGUCAUUGUGAUGAUGCUGGAAUUCACUGUUGCAACACUGCAGCUAUACCUACGGAUUAUGACAGAGACAAGUGUCAGGCAGUCCUCAAUAAGAAGACCUGCACCUAUACAGUGCUGGAGAAGAAGAACCCAUUAAAGACCUGUACUGUCAAGGCAUGGGUGUUAUAA